AGUGGAAAGCUACAGAAACAAAGUACUUAAGUACUCGUACAGUGCUUCAAAUCGUUAAAACCAUAAUGUUCAGUUUUUGCCGUCAGUAGUAGAACUAAAUUAGUAGCUGUAAGCUUGUAAUUUACGCUUUGUUUCGAAAAAAUUUAUGUUAGUAUUAUAAUUAGUUCUAUCAUCUAUGCACUAAUCCGCUUGCCUCGCUCCGGGUUCUCACGGUUGGGACUUAAAGAUGGCUGAUUUGCGAGCGGAAGCGAAAGCUCUCUUCGAGAAGCACUGUGAGAAGGCGUCCCGCAGCGCCGGUCCUCGACACGGGAAAAAUGCCAACUGGUCGAACUUGGUUAUGAAAUCGGGAACCCUCGCCGAUCGGAUCGCUGCACUGUCGCUCGCUAUCAAGAAAUCACCGCGGAAUAAUCUGCAGAAUUUGACUGCCUUAUCAGGCAUGCUAAAGAAGAAAAAUCAUCGGGAGUGUUUAUUAGCGCUAGACGCAUUGACAUCGUUAUACAAGGACGAACUCCUUCCAUCUGACCGAAAAUUAAUCAAAUUUGAAAGCCAAUCUCGGGACAGUUUUAGUAAACUUGGCAAGCAUGAAAAAGAAGAAACCCUUGUGCAAUGGUACGAAGAAGACUUGAUCAAAAGCAACUAUGGAGAGUUUGUUAUGGAACUGGAACGUCUUUCUAAAGACCAAAUCGAGACGACUCGGUUAAAAGUGCUGGGUGUAGUUCACGAUCUCCUGGCGGAAAAACCCGAAAAAGAGGACCACCUGCUGGCCAUAAUUGCGAACAAGCUGGGCGAUCUGCAGAAGAAGGUUGCGGCGAAAUCCUGCAGUCUGCUGAUUAAACUGCUGCGGCAGCAUCCGAACAUGAAAUCUGUUAUUGUGGAGGAAAUUGAGCGCCUGCUGUAUCGGCCAAAUGUCUCCCCGAAAGCGCAGUAUUAUGCCGUAUGCUUCCUUAUUCAAAUAAAACUAAGCGACAAUGAUUCCGCCUUGGCCAUCAAAUUAGUCAAGAUUUAUUUUUCCCUAUUCAAGGCGGUUACUGCCAUGAAGGCUACAAAUUCUAAAAUGCUCGGUGCCAUCUUAACCGGCGUGAACCGCGCUUAUCCCUUUACAAAAGGACCGCAGAGUCUUUUGGAACACAUUGAUACCUUUUUCCGCUACGUCCACACGGUGUCCGCCCAGAUCGGCAUUCAGAUGCUGAUGCUGUUGUAUCAGGUGAUGGAGCGAGAAGGUGCGAUUACGGAUAGGUUUUACAUGGCACUUUACCGAAAGAUGAUGGAUCCCGAAUUGGUGUCGCAUGCCGGACGGUCGUCUUCCUUAUUGAAUCUUAUUUACAAGGCCAUGAAACGCGAUACAGAAUUGAAUAGAAUCAAAGCGUUCAUCAAGAGAACGCUCCAGUUAGCCAUCUCUCAUUCGCCACCGUUUAUCUGCGGCGCGCUGAUUGUUGUUUCGGAAAUAAUCAAAAAUAGACCAAAAGGAUUCCUUGCUACCUUAUUAAGUUCUGUUAAAACCGAAUCUAUCGUGGACGAGACGCAGACGAUGGAGGAUUCAGGAAAACUCGACAAGGAAGAAAAAUGCCCCACAUCUUAUUCGCAGACGGCUCGAAACCCUUUAUACUGUGGUGCAGAGUUCACAAGUAUAUGGGAAUUUCAAGUUUUGAGGCAACAUUAUCACCCUUCCGUUGCACGGUUUACGGAAUGCAUUUUACAGAAUCGUGAAAUUGAUUACGCUGGGGAUCCGUUCGAAGAUUUCACGUCGAUGCACUUUCUGGAUCGGUUUGUGUAUCGGAAUCCCAAGAAAAAAACCCAAGAGAAUGCUAGAGAUAUGCCUGUGCUAAGUCAGCAGUAUCUUGCAUUGCCGGAAAAAGCGAUACCGGACGAUGAGAAAUUUUUGCAUAGAUACCUCACCCAAAAACUGAAAAGAAAAAGCGAUAGAAUGGGCCAUGAAGAUGACGUGGAAAGUGUCUCAGACGAUGAAUUCGACAAGUUCUUAGAUGAUUACGAGCGUGAUGAAGAGGACUUCGACAUGGAUUUCGCGGCGGAUGUGAAUGAAGAGAGAGAAGAACAAGAUUCCUUGGAUGAUGAAAUGUCACUGUUCGGGGACGACGCUGAUAGCGAUGACCAGACCAACGGUGAUUUUACUGCCGCGGAAGAAGAUGCAUUGAAUGCGGCCUUUUCUACAGAUGACGAUGAUGGGGACGGGAGUGGAGACGAAUCAGAAGGCGACUAUGAAGCCAUGGAUUACGAAGACUAAAAUUAUUUCGGAUGUGUGGAAAAAUAUGUGUCCGGUUGUUCUUGUUAACAAUAAUAUAGUUAAGAUAUUUUUUAAUUUUUGUCAUCUCGUAAGUCAUACAGAUAUAUACAUCAUUUUUGCAUCACACUGACUGAACAGUCACGGAUAUGGACAUCUAUCCAUACGAAAAAUUUGCAGAACUAGCACAAACAACGGACCAGAUAGUGAAAACAAACAACAAUUUCGUCAAUGCCAAA